AUGGGUGUCUCCACCUCUGGUUCUUCCUUCCACAAAGCAUUUUUCUGUGGUGUGUGCCUUCUGAGCUUCUGUAAAUGGUGGAUUUGCACUUUCAUCUUCCAAUUGUUCAGUGCGUUCAGUUUGGGAGAAAUCGGUAUUAACAACGAGUCAACUGAUCUGCCGAUUGAACAAUCGGGCGACAAAGGUGCACAAUCAGUCGUUGACGGUGGAUCAGUUGGACAUACAGUAGCUCCAAUAGUGACGCGUCGUCGUGCGAGUUUAAAUUUAUCUCAACAAGAAAAUGUACCACAAGAUGCCGAUCAUGCACAGGGAGCCAUCAGACAGAACAUCGGUGCACAAAAACAACCUAAGAAACACAAAAAACGUGCAAACACGACUGGCCCUUCGGACGACGAUGAUUUCGUUGACGGCGCGCCUCGACGGGAUAGUGAUUUAAACGUGGUGGCACGAGAUGCAAACAAGCGUAAGAUUGCUGCACCGAUUCAGGCAAAGGGACGUGUGAAACGUGCAAAAAUAUCUAGACUGCCAGAAAGCGAGGACGCCAAUCAGACUCAAAUAGAACGUUGUCAAGAGACGACAAUGAGAGACGGUAAUGGAAGAGUGCAGCGGAACGUUAAUGGAGAAGGUGGUACGCAUUCAUUGGAAGAUACCCGGGCAGAAACCGAUGAUGCAUUCCCGACUGUCCACACGAGAACAUCACCAGCAAUAUUCGUGAAGGCGGUGUUCGGUUUGUCCGAAGACCAGAAACGUGCAGUCCGUGAAUUGGGAUUCGGAUGCUUGCUCGAUUUGACGAUAACAGCAACCCCGGAGGACGAUGUGUACAGUGUGCUUGGACUGCCCCGUGGAACUAUCGAGGUUACUAAUCGGAAGAAAAAGACAGAGUCAGGAGCGUUAAAAGAAUGGGCCGAUAUGUAUAAUGUCAGCAUUGCCACCAAAAUAACGGCUACAAAAGUGUUGGAGAUGAUUCAGACCUGUGAUAGAAGCGACGACUGGUUUAAGCGUCAUUUUGUUGUGCUCGUUGUUACGUGUUUGUUCGAGAGCUCACAGAAUGGAGUGGCGAAUUUACGCACAGUUCACUUGCUUGAUGAUUUGUCGAAUGUCAGCAAGAUGAACUGGUGUGCAUACAUGAUUCGGUGUCUGGUGGGUGCUAAAAAAUCAUGGAAUGCUAAUCAAAAGCGCAAGAAUUUCACUGGGCCGCUGUUAUUUUUGACGGUAAGUGCAUUCGAUCAUUGA